UCCCUAAACUCCGCUUUAAGAGUCUGCUGAAAGCUACUGGUGCAGCCUUUAAAUACGGUCAUUUGACACAUCCCAACAGGGGCUUGGAGCAUCGAGCAGCUGCUGACCCAAACCUCGGGCUUCGGACAUGAAGGCGCUCCUGUUCACCUGUGUGCUGGUGCCUUGGCUGGCGGCGGCCUCGGCCGGGAGGUUGGAGCAGGACUCGCAGCUGAUAGCGGGAUCUCUAGCUGGCAGCGAGCGGAACGGAUACUUCGUUGACCGUUGGAAAUUGAGGAGGGCGAGGAGGGCGCUGCCUGUUGCUGAUGAACCGGGUGAUGCCCCAGUGGGGCAAGGAGGAGAUGCCUCUGACCUUCCCACCUGCCUGUUGUGUGUGUGUCUGACGGGAUCCGUGUACUGCGAGGAGGUCAGUCCAGACGUGACCAGCGUGCCCAGCUUGCCUAAAGAGACGGCGUACCUGUACGCCCGCUUCAACAAGAUCAAAAAGAUACGCACCAAAGACUUUGCUGACAUUGUGACUCUGAGGAGGAUCGACCUGACGGGGAACAUGAUCUCAGAGAUCGAAGACGGGGCCUUCUCUAAUCUCCCCCUGCUGGAGGAGUUGUCUCUGGCUGAGAACAAACUGGCCAAACUUCCGAUGCUCCCGGCCAAACUGAAAUACUUCAACGCCAACAACAACCUCCUCAAAACCAGGGGCGUCAAAGCGAACGCUUUCAAGAAAUUGACCACGCUGAUGAACCUGUACCUGGCUGACAACCAGCUGGAGGCCGUUCCACACAUCCCAGACAGCGUCCGGAUCUUACAUCUACAGAACAACAACAUCACGGAGGUCAACGUAGACACUUUCUGCCGGUCCAAUGACACCUACUACCUGCGACCCAGCCUCAGCGAGGUGCGCAUGGACGGCAACCCAGUGGUGCUGUCCAAGUACCCCGACAGCUUCACCUGCAUGAAGGUACUGCCGAUCGGACAGUAUCGCUGAGGAGGAACAAACUGUACUGUCGCCCCUUCCUCGCCGACGGGGCCGUGUGGGAAAACUGGGGGUUCUGGAUUGUUUUCGGGUGCUGGUCCCACGGCGGGGAUACAAAAAAAGUGUCAAUAUUUUUACAUCAGCAAACCUACAAACGGUUUGUGACAUGGUCAGGUCGAAGUGAAACUAUUCAUUGGACUGAAGGUGUAGAAUUAAGUUUACCACCAUUUUUUUUUUUCAGUUCUACCGAUUUAGUUCCAAGCUUAAGCUUUUUUCAGGAAGUCUCACACAUCACAUCAAUUAGUGCGUGAAGGCCUCAAUGUGCUUAAAACUAACUGGUUUGCGUUUCUACUAGUUAUGAAUAUCCUCUGAAAGGCAUCAAGCUGCUCCUCUCACUUCUCGCCAAAGAUGUGGUCUUAACCCAGUUGUAGACGCGUUGAUUCAUAGCAAAUGGGGCAAAACAACACAAAUUUCCUCAAAAGGGCAUUUAUCAUAACCAAUCUGAUAUUCCCACGAUAAGUGAUGACAUUAAAAAUCUCGCCUCCGUCCACACACCCGACCAAUCUCAUGAGGCGUUUAUCGGAUUGUCCAACAAAAGGCUUCGUUGGACAAUCCGACAAACGGAGAGUCGAUUGGAGUCACAUGCGGUUAAUAAAUUGGACAAAAUCAAGCUUGACAAAAGGAUUGGAAUGUGACGAAUAGCCCAAAACAUGACUUUAGGUGUCUUCUGAACGUCCUUUUGACCAGUGAUGUGGAACUGACGCUUCAAAUGAGACGCCUCUACAGCGAGAGUCCAACGUAUCGUUUCCUUUUGACCUGACACUGUGCGGCCUACACGAUGACACACAACUGCUCCAGACACACGCACAAUAUAUUUCUAUUUAAAGUGUGUAACAAUAAGUACAAAAGAAAUUACAAAAAAACUGCCAAUUUCACUGUCAAAAAUAAUUACCUUAUAGUAAUGUAAGACCUCUAGUUUCAGGGUUUUACAUUAAAUAAUUAAUUCAACAUAUUAUUGUUGAAUGUUACAUUGGACCCACAGCAGUUUUUGAUAAUGUGUAUUACUGUUGUUGCAUGCUUCAUCUAUUAAUUCCCAGACUAACAUUGAAAGCGGACUUUGAGCCAAACAAAAGAAAGAAAAAAACUUUGGGAACACAAGUUUUACCGGACAAACUGCCACCUCUGAAUUGACGCUGAACUUUCGCCGUUUCAGAGUCUCGGUUUAAACGCCAGGAUCAUAUUACUUAAGCAUAUACGAGUCUUGGAGACCGAAGGAUCUUUGGAACUUUAAAGUCAUUUCAGGUACCCAAAAACUAAUUGUUGUUCUUGAAUGAACCCGGUCUCAGUUUCUGAAACGUCCCUUAAGGUCUGUGAGCACAGUGAACGUUCCUCAGACAUCAGAAGAGGCUUUGAGAUUCUCUUGUCAGACACACGACAUUAUUCAGAUACAAAACAAUGUCUUGUGUAUGCUUUUCUUUCAGAAAAUGACAAGAAAUUAACACGACCCUCUGGGUUUCGCACGGCUAUUGUGUGAAUUUAUUUCACUUUUAAUUACUCCAUCUCUCAAUAAGGUCAAUGGCCAUGUGGACUCAUCUGCAGGCCUCUUCUAAGCAUUUUGUGACUUAGCUUCACUUUGUUUUUUUUAAUUUAUAGACUCUGGGUUGAAGUGAACUGGGAAGCAAUGUAUCUAUGAACUAUAGUAAUGUGAAAGUUACUCCUUUUUUAUUUUGUCUGCUUUUAAAGUGUCUUGCUUGUGUCCCUUACUCUUCGCCUCCAGUAAUAAAGAUGACUUAUAAAUGAUUACUGAUGUGAAUAAGACAAUGGUGUACAGGAAGAGGGGACAUGGCUAUGUGUUUAAGACAUUUUAAUAAAGUUAAAUCUUGUAAAUUAAAA